AUAGAUACAGCGAAGCGGAGGAGGAGUCAAAAGAAGAGAAGUCACCUUGCUGAAGACAGUAGCGUACCAACUAAUACAGGAAAACCGUGAAAUUUACGUGUUGGAAGAGGCUGCGAAAUUAUGAAUUCUUCGAAAAGGAGUGAAAGUGACUGGCAAGGCCUGGUGAGCGAGUUCCUGGUGUGUAAGCGUAAACUAGACAGCAAGAAGGAGGCCCUCCUGAUCCUGUCCAAAGAGCUGGACACCUGUCAACAGGAGAGAGACCAGUAUAAGCUGAUGGCCAACCAGCUGCGAGAACACCACCAAGGACUCAAGAAAAAGUACAGGGAGCUCAUUGAUGGAGAUCCUUCUUUACCACCUGAAAAACGCAACCAGGUGAACUUGGCUCAGCUGCUGAGAAACGCAAGGGAGCGAGGGAAACAGCUAGUCGAGGAGGUGAAGGAGCUGAAUCAGAGACUGGCAGAGGCCCAGGGGGAUAACAAGCUGCUGAGGAUGACAAUCACUAGACAGAGGCUGGGGGAUGAGGAGGUGGGGGCACGCCACUUUCCCGCCCAUGAGAGAGAAGACCUGGUCCACCAACUGGAGAAGGCAGGGCUACAGAUGGAGGAGCUGGAGAACAGUGUUAAGGCACUGACUGAUGAGCUGGACGACGUUAAGGCAGAGCGUGGCGUGUUCAGCGAGAAGGCUGAGCGCCUCAACCUGGAGCUCAACCAUAUCCUGGGUGGCCACGAGACCCGGAUCAUCGACGUGGAUGCCCUCUGUAUGGAGAACAGGUAUUUACAUGAGCGGUUCAACCAAGUCCAAGAGGAGGUGAACUUGCUGAAGUCUAACAUCAUGAAAUACAAGACUGCGUUGGAGAGGAGGAAGAGCUUUAAAUUGUCUGGGAAGUCCAACAGCAGUGCUCUAACAGGAGUCCUCUCUGCCAGACAAGUGCAGGAGUUGCUGUCUGAGGAGCAGGGCUGCAGUCUCCCGGCCACGCCCCAGUCCAUCUCUGACCUAAAGUCCCUAGCCACGGCCCUGCUGGAGACCAUCCAUGAGAAGAACCUGGUCAUUCAGCACCAGAGACACACCAACCGGAUUCUGGGGAAUAGAGUUGCUGAGCUGGAGAGGAAGUUGAAGACAUUAGAGGUGUCCGGCUUGUGGAGUCUUCCAGGGGGACGAGACAACAUUAUGCUGAGCGAGAGCCAGCGACCCGAGCUCCUAUCACCCAGCAUCACGCCGUGCCCACCUCAGCCCCACACGCACGCAGCAACGCAGCCACCUAAAGACGACAGAAUGGGAGCAUCGUCGUGGGAACGGGCCACAGCUGGCGGUGACUUUGGCGCAGAUGGCGUCGGCGGGGAGGGCGCACCCGAGCCCAGUGACGGGGCGGAGGCUAACUGCAUCUGCCUGAGUGACAGGCGGGGAGUGGAGAUUGUGACGCUGUCGGAGGAGCAGGCUGCCGCGGAGCUGGAAGAGGGGCAGAGUCCCGUGGAGGAGGAGGGGCAUGAGGUGAAAGUGGACGAGGAGCUGGGCUCCACAGUGGAGGAGGGAGAGGAGGCGGCCCUGGCGCUUGACGCCCCACCCUUAGAGGCGGAGUCAGACUUGGGUAACCUCCCACAGCUGCCUGUAAGGCAAGCUACCAUAGAUGACACCCUUGAGGCGGGUCAUUUGACCUGCCAUGAUCAAGCAGUGGAGCCUACAGGACUCCCUAACACAGAUGCCUCUAAGCCAGCUUCCAUAUUCAAGACCCCAGACUGGGGUGGCACAGAUGGGUGGGACCUGCACUGUCAAUCAGGACAGAGUGACAGUUGCCAUAGCGACAAUCAUUGAAAAGUGAUGUUUAAUGAUGUAGACCACCCCCCCCCCCUUUUGUGCGCCCAGCCAUUCUUUGCGUGAGUCUAUAGAAUGGAUAGAGAGAACACUUUCUCAGCCUCCCAUUGACAGUCAGUGCCUGAAGUGUACUUUGCAUCUAUAUAGUGUUGUUGCUCUGAAAAGAGCAGACAAUCUUGAAAUCAAUCCACUUGCAAGUCUAAUGUCCUACAGGAGUAAUUUAGCAAAGAAAAUAGCAAAGAUGGCAAAGUCCCCCCGCAAACUGCCUCCAUGGUAGGAUAAUCCCAGCUGUUUGCUUCCUGUUUAUUCCUAAGGGUUGCUAGUUAAAUGAGAGCUGUUUUAUUUUUUUCUGUUGCCCACAUACAGGAGCCAUUGUGAGUUAGUGUGAUGAAUGUAUUAGAUUUGCAUGGAAAUCUGUGAAGAACAUUGUUCGAGAGUUUAAUGUAUUUGUAUUAUCGUAGCUUUAUGUAUAUAGAUUAUAGUUACAGUCACUAAUCAAUUAUGGAGCCGUUUUCUUAUUCUAUUUCUAAUGGAAAAGUAGAUGUUGGCUUGUGACUGCAUGUGCCUUAUAUACACUGGAAUAUUUCAUUUUACAUUUUCAAAUCCUUUUGAAUGUCAUAUCUUGCAGUGUCACAUGUCUAACUUGUUGCAUAGGAGCACAGACGUAUAAUCAAUAUGGGCCUCACUGCUGCCUGAGGAAUGUCAAUGUCCUUGUUUUCACAACCAACUGAUUGUCAUGGUUGUCUACUCUUAUAAAGCUUUGUUUACCAGCUGCAUAACCACACACACACAGUCUUACUACACUUUUGUAAAUAAACACAUUGACUAAUUUUGUCACACAAAGUUUCAUGUACUUGCCCCAAAAUUCUGACACACACACACACACACUUACAGCCAAAGUCCAGGCCCUGCUAAGGUAUUCAGAUUCAGUUUUUCCCACAUUCAGGUGGCAGCUGGCCUCUCCAAGCAAACGGCAUCAAAGCCAGAAUCCAUGAAGUGCUUAUUCUGCAGAAGGCUGCUUGCUAUUUUUACUCUUUGACACAAAAUAGGAGGAAGGAAAAAAAUAUAGAAUCCCGGGAAGCCGUGGUGUGUUCGCAGUACGCACACACUCACACACACUCACACAGACAGAGUAGGCCCGCUGCCAGCCAGCUUAUUUGGCAUAUUGGCGAGGCGUUUCGAGGAAUCUGAUGACUUUAUAAAGCAGAUGGGAUUUGCUGCUAAUGAAAUUGUGAAACGACGUGGUGCCUUGGGCUUUAGCGAAAUGCCUAACCUGCGUGCCAAUUCACCACGAUAAGGGGGUUCCUCAUCCUCCGGUAUCUUGCCUAAUUUGACUUUAAUGUCUGUGUGAAAUUUAACUACUCAAAGGGGUAAACAGUAGAACUACAAAUGUGUUAUUUUCUGAGCAGUGGCGUGGAGCUGGUAGUUGUCAUUUUGUAGAAGUGAGACUGUAACCUAGGUUACAAGGCGUGACCUGCCCUGUACUAGUCAACCAAAACUGACUGCCGCUCAGAGAGCCCUGGGCAUUGAAGAAGUGAGCAAUUUCAGCUGCUCUCGCUGGGUUGCUCAAGUUGUGACAUGGAUUGAAGUUGACAAUUCCCUUUUUUGCCCCCCCCCCCCCCCCCC